AAACCAUUACUUCCAUGGCCCCUCCAAACUCUAUUAAGAAGAAGCUAUAAAUGAUAGGAGCAUUUUUACGACUUCUUGCCCCUUUCCCUUGUCUUAGCCACUAAGGCAUUUCACACACCCAUAUCUCUCUAUAUAUAUACAGAUUACCUCAGCGCCUUUAUAUAUGCAACAACCUCACCAUCCCAAAAUAGAUAUUUUUGGGAUAUUAUUACUUUAUUAUAAACAUUCCUCCAUUCCGUAGAAGACAGUCUGUGGGUGCCUUGAAUUUAUUGGUGUUUUAGAUUUGUGGGGAAAUUGGAAGAGGAAGAGAUAGAAUUUCAAUGGACUCUUCAUACACAUGCUUAUCUCGGGCUCUGCCUUCAUCUUCUGCAUCUGCUUCUUCUUCUUUGGGCAUUUUCUCUGAGAGAGCUAAGGAAUUCCUCACCCUUGCUGCCUCUGCCGUCAUUGGCAAUGUCUUCUCUGCCAUUUUCACCUUCUUCUUUGCCUUGGUUGGUACAUUGUUGGGAGCAAUGACUGGAGCAUUGAUAGGGCAAGAGUCAGAGAGUGGGUUCAUAAGAGGUGCUGCAGUUGGUGCAAUCUCCGGUGCCGUUUUCUCUCUUGAGGUCUUUGAGUCUUCACUCCUUCUCUGGCAGUCAGAUGAAUCCGGGGUUCGUUGCCUCUUAUAUUUGAUUGAUGUGAUCGCAAGUCUGUUAAGUGGUAGGCUUGUUCGUGAACGUAUUGGUCCCGCAAUGCUAAGUGCAGUUCAGAGUCAGAUGGGAGCUAUUGAAACUGCAUAUGAUGAUGUAUCUAGCAUUUUCGACAUAGGCGGGCCAAAGGGCUUGACGGGAGACAUUGUCGAUAAGAUUCCCAAGAUUGUAAUAUGUUGCGAAAACAUUGCGGAUUCUUCGGGGGAGGGAGUAUCUUGCUCCGUGUGCCUCCAGGACUUUCAGUUGGGGGAGACAGCGAGAAGUUUGCCGCACUGCCAUCACAUCUUCCACUUACCGUGCAUCGAUCCAUGGCUGUUGAAGCAUGGCUCGUGCCCGUUGUGCAGAAGGGAUCUGUGAUUCAGCACCGAGACGAACGGAUUGUAUGUAAAUAUGGGAAGCUGUAUGAUCUUCCAGCUAAUUUCACUUGAGCCUUUUAUUGGCGCCAAUUUUCCAAGCAUCUGUAAUUAAUCAUCAAGUACUUUGUACCGGAAUAUGAUCAUUGUACGAUGGUGCUUGACCACCGUCCUGUCCUGUACAAGUAUUUUGAACAUUGAGUGUUGCUCAUUUGCUGCCGCUCUUCAUACUAUGUGUCAGUGUGUAGGUGUAACAACUUUGUGUGAUGCAUGUUUUUCGUCUCUUCUGACCAAAUCAGACAUCGAC